UACCAUGCAGCUGUAAACUCAUUAUUCACGAUCGUAUCUCUUCUACUUUGUUCUGUCCCCUGUUUGCAUCGUGGCGCCGGGGUGGCAGCGGAACGGUGGGAAGGUCGACAGCGUUAGGAGGUUCCAAAGCAUUUGACUUUGCUUUGAUUGCUGCCCGAGAGAGGAAGGAGGGAGAGAGGGCGAAGGGGCAGGACUUUCUUUUCUCUUGUACUGUUAAGUGGAAACUUUGUGUUUCGUUCUCAAAGUUCAGCUCAGUCCUCACGAGUGGUGUCUCCUUUCUUCGCCCUUUGCAAUUCACUUUGUGCGCCAAUGUCUUUGUUUUUUCGCCUUUUUAGACUUUUCAGGGGGAGUCUGAGCAUCAAAAGGCAAUGCUCCUCCUAACUAUUCUUUGUAUCUCUCUAAAUUAUUCUUCUGUGACAUUGCACUGUUGUCCAUAUUAAUUUGACUGGGAAUAUAAAGGAUACUAUUUACUAUAAGCCUGUUCUGUGUGAAGAUGACCAGCGUAUAUUUUUCGUUUUCUGAGAGCAUGGUGCUUUUUAAGUUUGUUCUUUUGUACAUUGUUGAGUUCUCUUGUGCGGGCGUUGCGCUCUCCGAUACUGGUCUCGUCACUUUAAAGAAUUUUGUUCCACCUGUGACCGACUCGCUUCACGCACCUGCCCCCCGAAAAAACGGAUUUGUGCAAACCAUCGAUCGGAUCUACCAUGGGGACGGCAAAGUGGGUUAUCUCCUGUAUAUGGACGGCAGGAAAUUUCUGUUGGAUAUGGAAAGGGAUGAGGCUGUCUUAUCCCGUCACUUCAGUUCUAAGUAUGUGGAUGCGCUCCAUGCGACGGGCAAGGGUAUACUACCACUACACAAGGAUUGUGUUUACCGUGGCACUGUGGAUUCAAACCCCAAAUCUCUAGCGCUGUUCCGCUUGUGCGGCGGCGGGUUGGAGGGCUUCUUUGCUGUGAAGCAUGACCGCUACAAUAUUAAACCUCUCACCAGGGCAAAAGGACACGAGAACGAUGUGCACAUCAUAGAAGAAGCCACAGCGAACCUAGCUCUUCACUUCUAUUCCAGGGAGCGUUUCAGUUUUGAGGCCAAGCCCGUUCGCGAAAGUUGCGGUACACGAGAAGGGCGCAGGCACGCAGCCGGGAAACGCAGUGGCAGGGAACGGUUGGGAGGGAGAAGUCACAGCCAUAGUCGUGCUCUGGGUGGAAAAGGUCGCAGGAUACACGGUGCACUGUCGUGGUUCUUCAACUCGAAUUCUCGCACGUCAGGUAAGAGGCGAAAGAGGUCGGUCUCGCGCACCAGGCACAUAGAACUCCUUCUUGUUGCUGACGAGUCCAUGUCCAAGAAAUACGGCAACGACUUGAACCACUACCUGUUGACGCUGGCUUCCAUUGCCUCUAAAUUGUACGGCCACGCCAGCAUCGAGAAUCCAAUCCGCUUGUCGGUUGUGAAAGUGGUGGUGGUGACAGAUAAGGAGAAGGGUUUGGAGGUGUCCAAAAACGCGGCAGCCACGCUCAAGAGUUUCUGCAAAUGGCAGAAUCAGCAGAACUCGUUGGAUGACGAUGACCAACAGCACCACGACGCUGCCAUCCUCUUCACGAGGCAGGACCUGUGUGGGCAUCACUCCUGUGACACGCUGGGAAUGGCGGACGUGGGCACCAUCUGCUCUCCGGAGCGCAGCUGUGCGGUGAUCGAGGACGAUGGGCUGCAUGCUGCCUUCACCGUGGCACAUGAGAUUGGGCAUCUCCUGGGCCUGUCCCAUGAUGACUCUAAGUUCUGUGAGGAGCACUUCGGCUCUAGUGAGGACAAGCGCCUCAUGUCCUCCAUUCUGACCUCCAUCGACGCCUCCAAACCUUGGAGCCGGUGCACCUCCGCCACCAUCACUGACUUCUUUGACGAUGGAAACGCGGAGUGCCUGCUGGAUCCCCCUCACCAGCCUAUCCUUGGCCCCGAGGAGCUGCCAGGGCAGAGCUACGAUGCCAUCCGCCAGUGCCGGUUGGCAUUCGGGCCGGAGUACACAGUGUGCCCGGGUAUGGAUGUGUGCGCCCGUCUAUGGUGCGCUGUGAUCCGGCAGGGCCAGAUGGUCUGCCUCACCAAGAAGUUGCCUGCCGUUGAGGGCACACCCUGCGGCAAGGGCCGCAUCUGCCUGCACGGCAAGUGCGUGGACAAGAUGCGCAAGAAGCAGUACUCGACCUCAAAUCAUGGCAGUUGGAGCUCCUGGGGGUCCUGGGGAAUGUGCUCUCGUACCUGCGGUGGUGGGGUGCAGUUCGCUCACCGUCUAUGCAACAACCCUCCUCCCCGCAAUAACGGGCGUUACUGCACAGGAAAGAGGGCUAUCUACAGAUCCUGUAACAUCACCCCCUGCCCCCAACCAAGUAAGAGUUUCCGUCUGGAGCAGUGUCAGGCACGUAAUGGGCACCAAACUGACCCCAAGGGUGUGAAAACCUUCGUGGAAUGGGUGCCAAAGUUUGCUGGGGUGCUGCCAGGGGAUGUUUGUAAACUGACCUGCCGGGCCAAGGGCACAGGAUACUACGUAGUGUUCUCCCAAAGGGUGACAGAUGGGACUGAGUGCAGGCCCUUCAGCAGCUCAGUGUGUGUGAAGGGGAAGUGUGUGCGCACUGGCUGUGAUGGGAUCAUCGGCUCCAAGCUGCAGUUUGAUAAGUGUGGCAUCUGUGGAGGGGACAGCACAACCUGCAUAAAGGUUGUGGGCAACUUUACCAAGAAGAGUAAGGGUUACACAGACGUGGUGAAGAUUCCGGUAGGCUCUACCCACAUUAAGAUCCGCCAGCACAAGCCCAAGGACCAGCUGCGCUUCACAGCCUACCUGGCAUUGCGUCGUCCCAGCGGGGAAUACCUGCUGAAUGGAAAGUUCAUGAUCUCCACAUCAGAGACCAUCAUCCCCGUGAACGGCACGGUGCUGAACUACAGUGGCUGGAGCCAGCGGGAUGACUACCUGCACAGCAUGGGCCCCGGAGCACUGCGAGAAAGCCUGACCGUGCAGAUUCUGGCCACUGAUGCCAAGCGCCCACUCGAUGUGCGUUACAGCUUCUUCGUGCCACGUCAGUUGACCCUGGUGCCUUCCCCAACGCCACCUCCAGAUGUGGCCCCACAGUGGGCCACGGGCCCCUGGCUGAGCUGUUCCCGAACAUGUGAUGCAGGCUGGCAGACUCGCACCGUGCAGUGUAAGGAUUUGCAGGGCAGGCUGGCCAAGGGCUGCCUGCUGGGGAGCCGACCCUCCGCCUUCAAACAUUGCCUGGUCAAGAAGUGCUGAUGACCGGCCACAGGCCCGCUGACAAGCCCAAAGGCACCCCCCACCCCCCGCCCCUGGGCUCGGACGCAAGCAGCCUUGGAGUGCUUGUCCAUUGUUCCUUUUAGUUUUCUGCCUUCCUGCCAUUUUGGGUGUGAUUAUUGUUCGUUUAAACAUGAUUACCAUUUAUAUUAUGGUCCUCUUUGUUGUUAUUUUAAAUUUGUUUCACCAUUUACAUCCUGCAUGUCUGAACUCCUGAGAAAAGGUUUUGAAAAUGGGAUCCCCAAGGCCUCACAAAAGCACUGGCGAGCUGCCACUAUGGCCCAGCUAGCUAUCCCCCUGGCCUCUGGCAAUAAUGGCUUGGUCCAGCAGAAGGUAAAAUCCAGGAGCUGUGUGAGCAUGCUGGGGAUGGAGCUGUCAGCAAUUGUUAGAUUUCCCUUGCCUCAGGGUGAAGGUGAAGAAAAAAGAUAUGAUGGACUUUUGUCAACUGUUGUGAAAAAUGGAAAGACAGAGUGUCAGGAAGACAGAGAAGGGUGGAAGGAGAGAGGGCUGCAGACAGAAGAAGUGGAAGAAGGGAAGUGUUCUCAAUUCCAGCCAGGCUAGAGCUUUUCACAUCAGCAUCAGUGCUCUAGUUAUACACUCUCCGCCGUUCACCAUUCAAAAAAACAGGGCUUCAGUUAGAGGAGGUGCUUUCAUGAGCUUCACUAUGGACACCUUGCCCACAGGGACAUCCGUGUCUGUCUAUAUGAAUGUUUGUCUGUUUGUGUGACAAUGUGUGCCCUGGAUACUCGCAAAUAUGGCAAUGUGGGAAAGGAGGAAGUCAACAUAAAACCAUUCCUGUACUGUCAUACGCUUACACUCUCACUCGAAGAUUCUAUCCCUAACUGUCAAUAACUCAGAUUCUUACCCAAAGAUUCACUCACCCACUCUCACUAACUCAUACUCUCACUACCUGAUUCAUUCUCCCACUGUCAGUAACUCACACUCACUCAAAGAUUUACUCCCCCACUCUCGCUCACUGAUUCGCCAACACACUGGCUUUGAUUUUUUUAUGAUCUCAUCCUUAUGACACCUGCUCAGACAAUGGUACAAAAGCACAGCAUACACUGUGUACACAAGUAGAUUAGUAGAUGAGUACGCAAGUAGACAAACACGCAGAUACAUACUCACACACAAGAACUCUCACACAUUCACUAUACACACACAUGCACACAUAUUCACCAAUACCUACCACAUGUCCAGUGCUGAUCAACAAUCUCACCAUGAGGUAAGCUCCUUGUAAUGGAACAGAAACACAGCACUGAAAUCAUAAUUUAUUGUCUGUACAACUUGUAUGUGAAAGUCUAUUUAUU